AUGAGUCCUCGAGCCAUAGCGUCCACUCGCUCUUUGACUCUGUUUACGCCAAAUACGUCCAGCGCAGGUAACUGUGGCCUUUACCGUUCUGGCAAUGGGCCCAAAACCGACCCGCUUGCUGCCCAGUUUUCGAUCGUGUCGCAUCGAUUUGCCCAGUUUCGUGCCUCGCGCACCCUUUACGGCGAAAGAUUGCAGCGAAUCCCGUUCCUUCACGGCGGGAAGCGCGAGCCUCUCUCCCGUUGCGAUGGCAUGGGAAAGCUCGUUGAUGACGACGGCCCACCAAGUGGUUCGACUGCUACCAGCACGAGCAACAGCACCCGAGUUGCUAAGCAGGAAAACCAUAACAUAUCCCCAUGUGAGUGCUCGGUGCUUACCAUGGACCCGCUCGAUCAAGCCACUUUGUUCGCACGCUGUUUCUUGGAACCUGCUGACUACUGA